AUGGUGACUGUGAGUCUGCAGCUCUGCAAUCUGGUGUGGGGGAAACUCGGCCGGUAUCCUCCUUGGCCAGGAAAGAUUGUUAACCCACCCAAGGACUUAAAGAAGCUGCAUGGAAAGAAACACUUCUUUGUAAAGUUUUUUGGAACAGAAGAUCAUGCCUGGAUCAAAGUGGAACAGCUAAAACCGUAUCAUGUGCAUAAGGAGAAGAUGAUAAAGAUCAACAAGGGGAAGAGAUUCCAGCAAGCUGUGGAUGCCAUAGAAGAGUUCCUCAGAAGAGCCAAAGGGAAAGACCAGACAUCAUCCCACAAUUCAGCUGAUGACAAGAAUUGGCGUAAUUCCAGUGAGGAGAGAAGUAGGCCAGACUCAGGUGAUGAGAAGCACAAGCUUAGCCUGUCUGAACGGAAGGUGAAGAAGAACGUGGGAGAAGGAAAGAAGCAAGUGUCUUCAGGCUCCUCAGAGAGAGGCUCCAAGUCGCCUCUAAAAAGAACCCAGGAGCAAAGUCCCUGGAAGUGGGGUUGGCUCCCAAAGGAUGAGAAGGAUCUUACCAUCCCCAAGUCUAGUACCGUGAAGGGGAUGAUGGCUGGACCCAUGGCCGCAUUUAAAUGGCACCCAACCAUUAGCAAGGCUGUAAAAGAUGCAGUCCCUCAUUUCCAUCACUUCCUGCUCAGCAAAACCGAGAAGCCAACUGUCUGUUACCAGGCAAUCACAAAGAAGUUGAAAAUAUGUGAAGAGGAGACUGGGCCCACCUCCAUCCAGGCAGCAGACAGCACAGCCGUGAAUGGCAGCAUCACACCCACAGACAAAAAGUAGGACCUUUGAUGAAAAGGCUUCUGUAGCUCUGGUUCUGCUGGGGCUGAGAUGGGUGGGGUGACCUCAGGGGGGCUCGCUAAGGGUUGUGUCCCAGCCAUUGCUGGGACUGAAUGAAAAGAGGGGGGGAUAGUUGUAAUUCUUAAUGAUUUGCCUGGGAGUAAUUUGACUUGCAGGAGACAGGAGCUGUCCUAUAAAUGUAUGGUGUAAUUGGCUUCAUGCUCACUGGUGAGUCUUCAAGCAGGAGACACCUGAGUCAGUGGUUCUCAGACUUUGUUGUGCCUCAGAGUCACCUGUAAGUUUCCUCAUA